GUCCAGCUGUUCGGACGGGCCAACGGUCACUCCGUGUCCGACGGACUGACCGCUUGCCGUCCGGAGUCCCUCCGUCUUCCCUCGUCCCAGCGCGGAGUCUCUCGGCGAGGAUGGCGGCCGGCCUGGACUCUCUGGAGGAGUGCCUGGAGCGGCACCUGCCACCCGCCGAGCUGGCCGAAGCGAAGCGGAUUCUUUACGGGGAGGCUGUCAGGUGCGCCGGGACUACAAAUCCCAGCAGGCUCUGCGUCAGCUCGGGAGAGGAGGGGGAGAAUGAGCCCCCCCUCCCGUCUCAGCCUUCUUCCACCUGGCGCCCUCCAACUGUUUUGGAUGCGGGACUGUUGGGAGUUGUAGUCUAAAACAUAAGGAGGGCACCUGGUUGAACCCUAUUUUGGGGGGGAGGCAGAUACCUUCUCCCCUUAACAAGUGUGUGGCAGGCAGAAAUGAAACAGGUUAAGCUUUCCCCCUGCAGUUGUUGGGAGGGGGAAAGACUGUCUGUGGAUUCCUGCUUGUUGCACAGAUGGAGAAGGCAUAUUCACACACCCCAAAUUAUAAGGACGACCCCCACCCCUUCCCCACUGCCUCUUGGGACUUGGCAGCAGUCAGUUGGAUUGUUGGCCAUUUUAGGAUUUGACAUCAGAGCAGGGAAAGGAUGGGCAAGUGUGGCCAAAUUCCCAAAAGCCUCUGAUUCUUUUCAAGGCAGCUGGCAAAGUUGGACUCCCUGCUCCCAUCAACCACAGGAUCCUCAUUGUAGGCCAGCCCUGUUGGCUGGAGCUGAUGGGAGUUGCAGCCGAAAACAGCUAGCAGGAACCAGGUUGGGGGGCAGGGGCUGCUGAUCUAGGAUUUGGAGGAGGAGGGUGCUCAUGGGUGAAUGAGCUUCCCUCAGGAUGAUCUGUUUUGGUUUUUUAAAGGUGACAUGACAAAGGCAACCCCGUUUUUAAAAAUGAUUAAAUUGGAAGGCUUUCCGCAUGCUGAAAAGGGCUGAGAGGCUAUCAAGCCUAACUCCCCAUUGUAAGGCCCAUACGUGAACCCACAUGCAGCCCCCCUCAGCCAGAGGCUUCAACAGAGUCAGCUGCCUGCAGAGCAAAGGGCUUGCAGAAGUGGCCUUAGAAAUUUAUCCAGUAAUAUACGGUAUCUUAGAACAGCAAUUCCAAAUGUUGGUUCACAAGCCGAUUACCAAGCCUCUGCCUCUAGGUUCUGUCAUGAUGUGUUGCAUAAGGAAUGUAUGUGUAUGUGAUGUCCGGAUCAAGAGAGAGGCCCAUCAGAAGGCUAUCAUGGCAGAGUAGAAAUGCUGUACUGCGUUUAAGUUCUCCUGAGAUGAAAUAUUUGAGGUUAGUUUGAUGGGAUGGCUUGCUUGUCGUACAGAGAACCUGCCCACGACAGUUUGCAUCUAAUGGAAUUUGAGUAAACCAGCCUGUCCAGAGCGUUGUUCCAAAACAGUUUUGUGUGACCCCACUAAUUGCUGAACAGAGUGACUUGCUCAAGAUUAUAUAAGAAGUGUGGGAUGGGGAAGGUCUUAACCUUUAACCUUCCUUCUCCUCCAUCCCUAAAUAUUUCUUGGCUGCCAAGGUGCAUUGACCUGAUAUAAAUAGCAGAUAUAUAAACCUGCCAUAUUGCUGUUUGUUAUUUUGUACAGGACCAGAGGAAGAUUGUUGUAUUUUUGUGUUCUUACUUUUCCAGGCAACUGGAUUUGCCGUCUGCUGCUUUGUCCGCUGCUACAGAAAGGGAGUUUGACCUACAGGGUUAUGGAUUUGGAGCUGAACCAGAGCAGUUGAGGCCCCCGCGUAUUGUCAGGGUGGGGCUGAUUCAGAAUAAGAUCCAACUUCCUACAGAUGCACCGGUUGCUGAACAGGUACCACUGAAGCUUGUAAAGGAAGUUCCUGCAUGUUUCCAAUUGCUGGCUCUUGUCUUUCCAAAGGGAGAGCAGCCCCAGCUUCUUUGUACCAUUAUGCUUUGUCAAAGACUCAAAUCUUUUGUGUUGGCCAUAUUGUGGGGUAGGAGAGCUGGAAAAUCACAUGUAGCAAGCAAUGUGCCCCUUUAGUUUCAGAUAGUACAUUGGUAAACAAGUCUAAAAAGCCCAGGACACAAAUGUUAAUGGCCCUCUAACAGCUGUGGUGGCUCAUUUACCAGAAGUAAUGUUUUUGCGUUAACUCUGGAAGUAUAUACAGUCAAACGUUGGUUCCUGAACACCUUAGUUGCUGAACAAAUCGGCUCCCGAAUUCUGCAAACCCGGAAGUAAGUGUUCCAGUUUGUGAAUGUUUUUCAGAAGCCGAACGUCUGACACGGCUUCUGCUUGGGUGCAGGAAGUUCCUGCAGCCAAUUCGAAGCCGUGCCUUGGUUUUUGAACAGUUUUGGCCGUCAAAUGGAUUCCUGGAAUGGAUUAAGUUCGAUAACCAAGGCACCACUGUACUUGAUUCUGACCAAACUAAGACUCCUAGAGGGCCAUGAAAAUUGGUGUCCCUGGUUUUUUUAGGCUCAUCUACCCAUGUACUAAGGAACGUGGGUGGCGCUGUGGGUUAAACCACAGUGCCUAGGGCUUGCCGAUCAGAAGGUCAGUGAUUUGAAUCCCCGCAACGGGGUGAGCUCCCAUUGCUUGGUCUCUGCUCCUGCAAACCUAGCAGUUCGAAAGCACAAAGUGCAAGUAGAUAAAUAGAUACCGCUCCAGUGGGAAGGUAAAUGGCGUUUCCGUGCACUGCUCUGGUUCGCCAGAAGUGGCUUAGUCAUGCUGGCCACAUGACCCAGAAGCUGUACGCUGGCUCCCUUGGCCAAUAAAGCGAGAUGAGGAUCACAACCCCAGAGUCGUCCGCAACUGGACCUAAUGGUCAGGGGUCCCUUUACCUUUUUUACCCAUGUACUAUCUGAAAUCCAAGGGGUGCAUUGUUUGCCAGAUGUGAAAUAUAUUGGCAUUAUUUUCAGCUCUCGUACCCCACUAAUAAACCCAUUUAAUUGGCAAAGUUUCUUCACUCAUCAUUGUUAAAGCUGCUGCUUCCUACAGGCAGGGUUUCUUGUCAGCCCUUUUUCUCUCAGUAUUUUGUACAUGGUUGAGCUUGGGAGGCAAAAUGAGAGUAAAGGUAGUUUAUUUAAAUGACCUUUACAGCUGACCUUCUCCCUAGGUAACUGCACUACACAAGCGCAUAGAAGAAAUUGUGGAGGUUGCAGCAAUGUGCGGGGUCAAUGUCAUCUGUUUCCAAGAGGUCUGGAGUGAGUAGUGUUUUGUUCUGCCUAUUUAAAUCCUCUCUGCUGCUAUAAAAGUCAAUCUCAGUUGCGUGCGACUCUUGAAUAAAGUCAGAGCAGAAACCAGACUCAAACAGAAAGGUGUUGGUGAGCAAGCUACAUUCUCUGGGCACAACCCAGGACAUCUUUUGUUUCUGUAAAAUAUUUAUGCACGAUUCCUAAUAAAUAUCCACUGUGGCUAACAACAUCUCCAUUAAAAACCAUCAAAACAUUAAAAAUUCAGUUAUGAAACCUAAAAAGUGAGAUUAAACGAUCUGUAAAAGUAGCGACAGAUGAUAAAAGUAUAGUGGUACCUCGGGUUACAGACGCUUCAGGUUACAGACACCGCUAACUCAGAAAUAGUACCUCGGGUUAAGAACUUUGCUUCAGGAUGAGAACAGAAAUCACGGCGCAGCAGCAGCGGGAGGCCCCAUUAGCUAAAGUGGUGCUUCAGGUUAAGAACAGUUUCAGGUUAAGAACGGACCUCCAGAAUGAAUUAAGUUCUUAACCCGAGGUACCACUGUAUUACAGUUAGGAGCUCAUAUCAAUAGCACAAAAUAGUAUGAGAAGGGCAGGCCCACCUCAAAACCAGAUCUCUGUCACAUGCGGAAGUAUCUUAUGGGAGUGACAGGGUGAACUUCUCACAUUUCUUAUGAUGCUCUUUUUGUAGCGAUGCCUUUUGCUUUCUGUACACGAGAGAGGCUUCCUUGGACAGAAUUUGCAGAAUCAGCAGAGAGCGGCCCAACGGCAAGGUUUUGCCAAGAGGUAAAGAGCCAGAUUCCUGUCCUGCCUUUUUACAAACCUCCUCUGCACCACUGUGUCAAAACAGUCUGUGUGCAUUUGGACUGUCCUUUCCACCCUGCAUGCAAACUUCCAAGAGUGUGGGCAUUUUUCUAGAGCUGGGCCCGGCAACCACAUUUGUAACCCAGGGCUGCAACCCUGGGCAGUGAAGCUUCUUCAGUUGCAUUUACCCUGCAUGUUUAUUCAGAAGUAGCUGUUAUUCAUUUAUUAAUUACAUGGUGCACAAUCAUAUCAAGGCAAUGUACAAUAAAAUGGCAAAGAAAGUUACAAACAUGGACAACAGAGAUAUUUAAAAUAAAAACAAUACAGAAUGGACACUCAGGACACAGACAUUGUGAAGCAGCCUAUCCACCCCUGUGGUUUUGCUUUCAUGUGGCUCCUGGUCAUUUCAAGGAGGCUUGCCUUGGAGAACAUCUUAGUGGAUUGGGCCCCGCUGAUAAGUAGUGAGUGAGCUGUGCCAUUGGUAGGGAUUGCAGGUAGAUGUGUCUACAGAGGACUUUUGGGAAGUACAACUUCAGUUCUUUUGCUUUUCAGCAAAUGCCUGACUUUCUCCUUUUUUUGGCAAAGAGACGAGUGUUUGUUGUUUUCCCCUUCGUCUGAAAUGAUUUCCCAACCGUCUGUUUCUUGUUGAUCCUGAAGGGAGCGGAGUGGCUUGCUGUGUAUCCCUUUCCAUCCUGCUGCCUUCAGUUUAGCACAGGUCAAGCACGAAGUGAUUGUAAAUGCCAGAUUAAUUGCAUCUUGGUGGAUGUUGUUGUGGUUAACAUUCAAGCAUAUGGGAAAGUAAAAUGCCAUAAGGGGAAGGAAGAGAAAACAUAAUUGGAUCAAAGGAGACAUGACUUAUCAGUACUGAGACAUAAUGCAAAAUACACUCUUCAGGGACCAAGGGUAAUAGGAGACAAGCUGUUAUAUCUUCGCUCUAACUUCUCUGGGCAAGACAGUUCCCAGAUUCCUUUUUAAUGAUCUUAUGGGACACGUUUCCCAGGAAAGGCCAAGGCUUGGAUCUGGAAAAGGUCAAGAGGAGUUUGCGGUUCCCCCCAAAAUGCUGGCACUGAAGGGUAGUCCAUGGAGGCCUCUAGAGCAGCCUGGGGUGGGGGAUGCUCUCGUCAAGACCAGAGGUUGUUUCCUCAAGGUACUUGGAGCAUGGAUCUGGGAAGGGAGCAGCACUUAUGAGUCAAAACCUCCACUGUUACGGACAGAAGUGGCUUUGCGGGGAAUUCAGUGGUUUCUGGAGUUACUGAGGAAUCAUUUCUUCCUUUUUUAUGAAUAAUACUGUUAUUAGAUUGGGCAUAAAUAGGAUCUGAUUCAGAGAGUGCUUUGCAUUGCCACCCAUGACAGUAGGAAGAAGUUUCUGGCAGUAAGAGCCAUUUGACCGUGAAAUAGACUACCUCGGAAGAUGGCGGCUCUUCUUCAUUGAAGGUGUUCAAGCAGAGGCUGGAUGGCUACCUGUUAGGGAUUCUUUAGCUGCGAUCAUUGCAGGGGAUUGGAUCAGAUGACCAUUCCAUCUCCAUAAUCCUUUGAUUUUUUGACCUCACUCUGUUUUAGCUAUUCAGUCAGAAUCUUCUGUGGGCAUUUUUUUCUUUUCUCUUGGUCUUGCAGGCCUCUUGCCAACUGGCAGAUCUCUUGUGAAAACCUAAUCAAAAGUCUUUUUAUACUGUUCUGCUGUUUCAUCCUGCUUUUCUGAUAUUUGAUGUUACUAUUUAUUUUUUAUUGUCCCAACUGUUCUGAUUCGGUAAGUUGUUCCAAGAUCGUUUGCUGAAACGCCGCUAGUACAUUUAAUAAAAUGUGGCAUCAUUUCCAUCACGGCUGCAGCUGGCCAGGAAGCACAACAUGGUGGUGGUGUCUCCAAUCCUGGAAAGAGAUACUGCACAUGGGGAGACCUUGUGGAACACAGCGGUGGUGAUUUCAAACACGGGUGCUGUGCUGGGCAAGUCUAGGAAGAAUCACAUCCCAAGGAUUGGAGACUUCAAUGAGGUGAGUGGUAGCUGUUGCAUAUGGGGAAACAGAGCACUCUUGCUAAUUCAGGAACAAAUUCCUCCAGGAGCAGCUUUUGCAGGGCGGGGUGGGGUUGUCAUGCACACAUCCAAAUCAAGCGAGCAUACAAAAAAAUACGAGUGUCCUUGUACUUCUGGUUUCACUUUGAGGGUCCCUGGCUCCGUGUGUCUGGUUUUCAGGCUGAGGCUCCCAAAUUGUUUGUUUCCUGGCACCAAGGAGCAACUCAUAGGAAAGAAAUCCUGUCUGAAACCCUGGCAAGCUGUUGCUGUCAGUCAGUGUAGACAAUAUUGAGCUAGAUGGAUCAAGGGUCUGACUUGGAAGAAGGGAGCUUCCUAGGUUCUCCUUGUAUCUAAUACUGCUUAAACCUGUUUGGUAUUUGGGGAUACUUCCUUUAGCUUGAUCACCACAGAUAUGCCCAGCUCUCGUCAUGUCUUCUGCUGCGAGAUUUCUAUUAAGGCAGCUGGUGUUUUGGACUCCAGGGAUCUCAUUCAAGUGUAAGUCUGUGUGUUUUGCAGUCAACAUACUACAUGGAGGGGGACAUGGGGCACCCGGUGUUCCAGACUCAGUUUGGGAAGAUUGCCGUAAACAUUUGCUAUGGGCGACAUCAUCCCCUCAAUUGGCUCAUGUACAGUCUGAAUGGAGCAGAGAUCAUCUUUAAUCCUUCUGCCACUAUUGGGAAACUCAGGUACCAUUUGGAAUCUUGCUUAUUUGCUGCAGAAAGUGGUCUUAAUUAUGACCUGGUGUAUGUGCAAGGCCAUUACCUUUGAUGAAACCCUCAGAAAAUUUGGAAAGCUAAAUUGCGGUCUUCUGGAGGAGUGCUCUGUUGUAGCCCUGCCUUAUCUCUAUGCACGGGCCAAAUUGAUAGGGUCCAAGCAAAGCACAUGAAGCUGAUGAGCUCUCCUAGCCGAAGGGUUGGCAACAAGGAAGACUACCUUGGAAGUCAGUAACUGGAAGUCUCAGAUAGCUGAUGUAAGACAGUGUGAGAGGGUAACAAGGGAGAAAUAGGAGGGGACCACUCCUCCAAAGCCCUCAGUGCCCAAUAGCCUUGUCCUGACUGUCACUCCAUUGGGCACAGAAGGUUACAGUCAGGUAGCUGCUGCCGCUGCCGCUGCCCCAGAGUGACUGUAAAUAUUUUACGCUAAGAGCUCAAAGGGUUUAGCCAUUAACUGAGCUGAGACAACAGACAGGCUCUGAAAGGGUGGGGGAGCUUUGGCGGGAGGGUAGAGGUUCAGCAAACCCUGCAUAAAAUGCCUCGCUAAUGGGUGAGGAAAGAAAACAGUGGGAAAUAAGAGACAGCUUCCAAAAAAGAGAAGAAAACAAGAAAGAGCCAGGAAAGAAAACAAGUCAUAUGGGUAUCGGGUGUGUCUGGGCAUUGAAUCCUCUGUGGGAUUGAAGCUGAACAGACAAUGUGUGCACCACUCUCAGGACCUAGACUACUCCAUUAGGAGCGCUGGCAUUUGUGAUCUAACCUGGCUUGAGAGCUUUGUUCCUCUUUGCAGCCAGAGCUGGACUGGCUAUGGGCACUGCUGCCAGCGAAAAAGAAGAUGGCCCCUGCCUGGGAUGCCGGCCAGGUUCCAAGGUCCUCUUGCAGCCAGAGUUGCCAUUUGCCAAUGCAGGAGCCUGGGUCCCCUUGCCUGCCAAAUGGAGGAGAAGGCUGUCUUGUCGGGAACACUGACUUGGUCAAGCAAGCCUGGCAGCUCUGCCCUUCUCUGUGGCCAGGCCUGGUGGUCUCUGUGGGGCAGAUGCUUCUCUCCUCAGGGCCACAUAAAGAGUUGAAUAAAACAUGCAAUCUGGCUGCUCCUACAUUAAAACAAAAGGUUCAGGGAGCUAGAGCUCUGUGAAGGCCCAGUUGCAUAGGCCUCCUGCAGGACAGGAACUGGGGAGGAGUUGCAUAGUCCUGCCUCUGAAACAAGACUCACCCCUCCCUGGAUAACUUUCAUUAGGAAGAAGGACUUUCUAAGUGAUGGAGUGCAGCUGCAAGUUGGAGGCGUUUUGUUACAGGAGCUGUUCACUUGGAUUGUGUCAUGCCCAAAAGAGCAUCACGAGGGAACAGGGCUAGCAAACAUCUCCUCCUUUGUAAGGGGUUAUUAGAUUGUCAUCCAAUGGCGUCUGCUUAGCUUGGAGGCAAAGUUCAGGAUAUUCCUCAUAAUGUAUGACUUUCUGCCCGAGCUAAUGGAGAGGCUGAGAACCGGGUGUCCUGUUUGUUUAGCUGUUCUGUGUCUGUCGGAGGGUCACGAUAACUGGGUGGAUGUGAAACAUUUAAUUUUUACCAGGCAAAGAAAAUAAGUGGGUGGCUUACGAAACUCACCACUUAAGGGUUGGCCAAAACAUGCUGAACGAUUUCUGGGACUCUUGUUUGUGAUUGCUUCAUGGGGGCCAUUGUGACCAUGCUUUUAUUUCCAAAACUUAUUUCUUUGCCCCACAGUUUUGUUUGUUCAAAUAUUUCUGUAACCCCAUUCAUAUGUGAUAAAAAGGUGUGGGGUGGGGUGGGGUGGUGGAAUAAAAUGAUUAUUCAGAAGAAAAUGGCAGAUAAGAAACCAGUGGCUAACAGGUGGGUUUUCAGCAAAGACCAGAAUUCAUGUGGUCCUAGGGCAGCACUUGCCUCACGACAGAGCAGAGGUAGUUCCACCAAGAGAGCACUACAAAUACAUCUCUUUUAUUUGUAUUUUGUGUAGGUUUGUUGUGGCCCUCUUAUAAUCAAAGUGAAGCAAGUUUGAAGCCCGAUUUUAAGGUAGUCCAGGUUUUUCUCAGCUAAUUUGAGGAGAGCUUUGGGGAGCUUGCCCAACAGCCACCCCUAGUUGAUAGUUAUUUCAAAAUCCACCUUGGGAGAGGAUGGACUUUGCUUGGAUUGUGCCCCACGUUAUUUUAAAGGGCAUGCUUAGGGCCAUUAGAGAGGCAGGCGGAAGGUGAGUGUGUGACCUUUUGGAGGCAUUUCCUGCUUUCUCAGGGUGGUUUUAGUGAGGCGGCAUUAUUGACUCUUUCCUUGGUUGCUUUAUUGCUUUGUGAGAGUAUAAACUAACUGGCAGGAACAGAUUUCUUAGAUCCCCUGCAGCAGACAAUUUCUGCAAAUGAUACAAGCAAGCACUUGCUGCCCUCUCUUCCCUUCCCCACAACAUGUCUGCAUUUCCUGUUUCUCUUCCCUCUGCCCCCUGGUAUCAUUCGAAUCAGGGCCUGUCCCCAGAAGCUGCUUAUUGCCAAACUGGUCAUUUUAGUGAUUGCGCUACACCUUUAGAACUCCCUGCUGGAGAUCUCCAUUACCACCCUCCCCCCGCAGCCCGCUAGGAGUCCUUUAUAUCUUCGUCUUUCUUUCUUGCUACACAUCCACUAUAGAAGAGGACAGCGCAAUCUGUUAUCGUAUUUGUCAGGUGGAGAGAUGUAAGGUAUCAUAAACAACAUUAGCUUCAAUCUCCAGACGCUUGAAUUGUUUUUCCAAAUUGCCUCAUGUUGGGCUGGAAAUGUCCUUCUGCAGUCAGUCAUAUUCCUCUGAAAAAUAAAGCUGCUCCAUUCUACAAAAAAAAGUAGCUUUUUGAAAAGUAGGAAUGAAAAGCAAUACAAUAAAAUAUGCAACAAUACAAAUUAAAACAUAGAAUCAUGGAAUUGUAGAGUUGGAGGCGACCCAAAUGGUCAUCUAGUCCAACCUCCUGCAAUGCGGCAUUGGUUAAAACAGAUAAACAGAUAGAGUGAAGGGAGAGUCUUGACAAAAUAAGAAACUUCUUUAGAAUCCAUUUAUAUACACUAAAGGAUUUGUGGCGUGGAAAGCACAGCAAUCUAAAUGAAUCCCAAAGAGGUUCCCUGUCUCCCUGCCCCCCACAGGCAUAUUAAAUAAUUCACCCUUCUACGAUAGUGCAAAAUGGAAGACAAUUUAGGGACUUGGAAGGGGAAAGGCUGUGCAGGAGUCAGGGAGCUGUGGAGGUGAGAGCUGCAGUUGCCAAAGCUGGGAAGCAGCCCCUGAGCGCUUCCUUUGAGCUGCCUGUCACAAGACGACAUCGUGAAGAAGGUGGCCUGUUAAAAAGUGGUAUUUCAGGUGAUGUAAGAAAGGCUCUGAGUUCUGCAUUCAUGCCUCUUCCUUUAUUAUUUCCAGCGAAUCCAUGUGGCCCAUUGAAGCGAGGAAUGCAGCCAUUGCGAACCACUGUUUCACCUGUGCCGUCAACCGGGUGGGAAGGGUGAGGCCUUUCAGCUCUCUGUGCUUUGAGAUGCCACCAGUUAGGCUCCUGCUUGCUAAAAACAGAGCCCUGUGUGGAACUGUAGGGUGUAGCAUCAAAAUCCCCUUUUCAGCCAUCUGCCCUGCCCCUCUAAGUGGCUUUUUAAUGCUGCUCUCCCCCGUUCUGCAUCUUCUCAGCUGCCCUGCUGGCUUUUCUUCCCCACAGCAAAGAAAGUGAGUAGGUUUGUGAAGGUGUUGCUGCUUUGGGAUAGCCCAGUGUUGUCAGAAGGUUCUGAGUAGCCAGGAGAUGUUGUCUGGAACUGUUCUCCCUCCCUACGUCUCUGGUGGGCCUUUGGCCACCUUGCUCCGGGAGCCAGCUCCUUGAAGGUGGUGAGGACAUGCACACUUGCUUCCUGCUGUCACGGAUCGGGAGAAGGCAUCAGUAGAAGGUGAGGCUGCCAAAAGCCCUUCCUUCCCUGUUUCGUAAGGAGCGAAAUAACCCCCAUUCACAGAUGGGAUUUGCCUUUCAUCCAUCAAGGAAAUCAAUAGACUGAAUGUGGAGACAGGCCGCUCUAGAGGAUGCAAGCAAUACUUUGCUUGAAAGCCAGACACAGCUGAUUAGAUUUAGAAUGAUAACAAUGGCUUCUGUGUCUUGCAUUGUUCAUUUCGAGUUUUUCAGGGUGGGUGGGGAAGUGGAAGAGGCUGCCUGGUGCGAAGCAACAGUGCCAUCUUCCUUUCAUUUUGCACUCUUCUGCUGCCGUGAGGGUGGUUUGAUGAAUAAUUCCUUCUGGGUGAUGACUCUUCUGCUUCUUGCAGGAAGUUUAUCCAAAUCCUUUUACAUCAGGAGAUGGUGGAGAGGGUAGGUGCCUUUGUUUUCUUUUGUAUGGAGAGUGAUGCUUGUGGGGAGUCUCUUUUGCGUGGGGUGGUGAUAGCAUGCCAACGAGGAUAGAGGUUCCUCCUUCCAAUCUGGUUGUUCUUUUCUGUGGUGGGAAGAGGUUUGUCCAGCACCCUGGGAAGUUCUGAAAUGGUUUGGGGAAUAGGCCAAAAGGGCCAAAAAAUUAACUCUUUAAUGUUGAAUUCUGCAUUUAUAUCUAAUAAUGCGUUUGUUCUGAGGUCACUGAAGACAAGAAUCAGAAUAGACAAAUAACAGAUGCAUUAGACAGUUGUCUUGAACAUUGUGAAACUGUUUGUGAGCAAAAGGGUACAUUUUAGGUACCUUUUGCUCAAACAGCAACUUGUUGCCCCCCUUUCCCCUUCAACUCAACAGGACAGCAAGCAGCUUUUGAAAGCUAAGGCCAUUUGAGAUGGCACAGAAUGGGGAGGGAGCGGAGGGCAAGCCUCUUGGAGUCCCUGCAGUACCUCAAAGCCACCUAUAGUUUCCAUCCAGCCACACUGGCAAGUAACUGGGGAGCAAAAGGAUGGGAGAGGCCAGUACAGCCUCUCCUUCCUGCUGGCCAAACUUCACUGUUCCUGGGAAAUGUUUCCCUAUCUGGCCUCCUCCUCCUGCCACCCUCUGGCUUUAACAAAAGGGAUUUAUGUUGUAAUAAAUUUGUUGGCCAUCUCUUUGUUGCUUUUCUUUGCAAAGGAGGAUCAUAGGAAAUCAGGGUGCAAAUGUCAGAUUGGUCUAGGGACCAUGGGUGUAGCCAGGAUUUUUUUAAGGGGGGGGGCAGGCAUUUUGUUAGAGGGGAACAGAACCUCAGUUUGCUAUGUAUUUUUUGUUUUUAUUGAUUUAGCAGAGCAACUGCCCCUCCCUGCCCCCACUUUACACCCAUGUUAAGGACACAAGAAGUGGUCUGCUACGGAAUAAAGAUCUUGGUCUAUGUAGUUCAGUAAUGUCUUCACUGCAGGGAGCUCCCUAGCACACCCCAACACAGCAGAAUCACUUUCCCUUCACAUCAGCUAAAGCCAGGGGUGGUAGUGGUCCUGCCUAAUGCUGGGUUUGGUUGCUAUGCAUUUAAGCCCAGCACCAAGCGAGACCAGUCUCCCUUUUCAUUGGCUGAUGUGAAGGGAGAGUGAUCCUACAUAGCCCUGGGUUCUUGCUUUGCAUGGUCCUUCAGAGGCUCCUGACAACCAGCUGGUUGGAAGCUGCACAAAGCAGGCUUUGGGCAAGUUUUGUCCUUUCUGUCAAGGUCUGCCCUUACCUGUAUGAUGCAGGUGUAGGGCAGGUGGGUAUGGUUUGCCCCAAACAGUCAAGCUAGAGUAGGGCGGGGGGAACCUCUGGCCCACAAGCCUAACUGUUCCAUCACCCUGGUUCCCAUUUUGCUAUAUUCAUUUUGUUUCUCUUGCUUCUUUGCUAUUUAUGAAGCCCAUCGUGACUUUGGUCACUUUUAUGGUUCAAGUUAUGUGGCUGCUCCGGAUGGGAGUCGGACCCCUGGCCUCUCCCGCACCCAGGAUGGGCUUUUGGUGACGGAGAUGGAUCUAAAUCUUUGCAGGCAAGUUGGGGACAAAUGGAAUUUUAAGGUAAGUCUUUUUUUCACUAAGCAAACCCUCUUGUUUCUAUCUGAUUUCCAGUAAGGCUGAAUUCUGCUGGCAUUCAGUUGAAAUGCCAAUUGGCUUCUACCUCUAAGUAUAUUCUGGAGGAGAGAGACUGUUCUGGAAUGGUUUAAGAUUUUUCUGGAUCUGAGGCUGUGCAGUAAACAGCCCCUGAAUUAUACCAGGCUGCUGCAUCUGACCCAAGGGAACCAGAAAGUUACCUUUAAAGUCUACACACUCUUUUGACAUUAAUGAAAUGACCUCCUUUGGGGAGGGGUGUUGCGGGAGAGGGAUAGUGCAGUAUGUAUAUUUUACAGCAUCUUUUAUAUGCACGUUUUAAACUCUCCCAUUGAAAGUGGUAGGUGAAAUUGCAUAAUGGACACCUACCUGCAAUGUCUCCUGCAUUUCACCAGCUUUCCUUGUUGGCGCAGUGAAUGCCACACCCUGGGGAGCCAGUAACCACAAAAACGGCAGGUGUCUCUUGAAACAAUGGUGGUCUUUAUGCUCACAUUAGCAAGGAAGUCUAGAUUUCUUUGACAGGAAUGUGACAAUCUUGAAGCCGCUUAAGUGAAGAUCUUGUUCCCUCUCUCCAUCUGCAAUUCUGUACCCACUCACCUCAAAGUAUGCCCCGUCCAUCUCAGUGAGGCUUGCCUCCGAGUAAAUAUUUUAAGAUUCACUGGUUGCAAGCUUGAAGAUCUCAAAUAGUUUUCUGUAGCAGCUACCCUAAUUGCUUAUGAUUUAUUAUUAUUAUUAUUAUUAUUCCCAUCAAAUGUCAAAGAGAUAUGACUUUUAGAAGACAUCUGAAGGCAGCCCCGUAUAGAGAAGUUUUAAAAGUUUGAUGUUUUAUUGUAUUUUUAUAUUUUGCUACAAGCCACCCAGAGUGGCUGGGCAACCCAGUCAGAUGGCCAACAUAUAAAUAAUAAAAUUAUUAUUAUUACGAGUCAGAAUUUCAUCCUAGUAGGCAAAGAUAGCUUUUCUUUUCAGCCAUGAAUGCAGGCUAGAUAAUAUCGAUGUCAGGGAACUGCCAUCGGCUCAGAGGCGAGGAAUAGAAGGGCAGUUGUGUUACAGGGAGCCUCCGAAAAUCUUGCGAAGCAGUUCCUCUUCUGGGGAGGAGGAAAGUCCCACCUCAGGUGGGGAAAAGGUGCAAGGACCAGAGGAUGCUUGUGGGAGCCUUAACACUGCUCCUGGGCAAGGCAGACAGGAGUGCCCAGGAGCAAAACAUGCCCUUGCCAUUGCCCAUCCUGCACAGUGGCCUAAGGUGCAAAGAGAGGAGGAGAAGGUUGGGGGUAACGAAACUCUUAUGUUGGGGGAGGUCCAAGAAAAGACCACUCCCGGAUUCUGCUAGUGUUUGAGCCAGACAUGAGCUUUGGGGCUCUUCACUAUAAAUAGUUUGCACCAAAAUAAAAACCUGUAAAACACAGGUUUGGAGUCCUGCCUGGUUACUCUUGAGCAACUGCAACAGCCAUCUGACAAUUACUAACAUUUUUGGCUUUUUUUGCAAAACUGUAGAAAUGUAUUCAUUUAUUUAAAAAUGGGGCUUAUGUUUGACUUGCCAUUCUGAAGGUCUUUUGCAGUGACAGAUGGCCAGUGGCAGGGAAUACUGAAGUCCCUUUACGUUUUUUUCCAGAUGACCGGGAGAUACAAGAUGUAUGCCAAGGAACUGGCUGCAGUUGUCCAGCCUGACUUUGUUCCCAAUGUAAUCAAAGAGUAGCUUGCCUCUGCUGCUGCUCAGGAAGGUUGGGAGAGAAACAUAUUGUCCUUCACAUGUGACAUGGCAGCUCCCCCCCCCCCCCCCCAGAUGUAGUGCCUCAAAACACAUGGUCUGCCUUUUUAGGAGUACUUUGGAUGGGAUUCAAAUAAUUCCUUUGGGCCUGCCCACUGGGACUUUGGGCUUUCUUUGAACCAUAUCCAUUCCCUCCCUGCCUCUCUUAUAGCAGAAGUUGCUUGAGGAAUGCACAACUGUUUGGCUGUGAGCCAUUUUUUUAUUUUUUUAAAAAUAUAGCUUCAACUACUUGAUCACUUGGCGCAGUCAUGAGGAAAUGCUUUGAUUCAGGAGUGUUUUAAGUCAGGUGUUUAUGAGGGGGUGUGUUUCAUACAGGUAGACAGAUAUGCAACAAAAUUAUACACCUUUCCUGUAAAUGAAUCAGAGGAGUGAAUCACAAUGAAACCAUGUUUUGUAUUCCAUGGCUGUAAAAAGGCCCGAGAGCCAAGACCACAAGAAGAGUCCUGAAGCUGGAGCGGGCCAGAGGACCACGUAGUCUAGCUUUCUGUUCUCACAGUGGCCAAGUGAGAGAGUCACUUAAUCUUCAGCUGCCCUGUUGCGUCAGUUGCAACAACAACAAAAUCACCCCUUGUUUUCCCCUGCUAGAAACUAAGUUUACUCUUAAAAGAGAAUUUUAGAUUGUGAGUUCUUCUGGGCAGAGAUCUGUGCUUUUCUGUUUUAAAGCGCUUGGCCCGUUGAUGGAGCUGCUGUAAUAAUAAUAAAAAAACAGUAGAUUGGGAAACCUUGAAAA